AUGAACCAAGCCAACGCCUCCCUUGACCUUUCGUCCCCGUCCUCACCAGUCCAACGGUCGGUCGCCGAUUUAGUCCCGGUUCUCGAGGAGCUCAAGGCCACCUGCGAGGGCAAUGCGAUAGACUCUCAGCUUGCCCUCACGGCAACGGAAUGCCUGCUUCGUCUCCGUCACACAUUCAUCGACACCGAUUACCCUCGACAAGCUAAAGAGAGCUUUCGGCAUCUACAUGGGUUCCAAACGUUACUGGUCCUCCUUCGAAAGGUCUCGGACUGUUAUAACCCCCACGAAUCGGCAGCAGAGGAAAGAAAAUUCCUCUUGUCCCUCCACAAAGAUGCAUUGGCGGUUUUGGCCGAGGCCUUGAAGGAGCAUUUUGGAAACAAGCGAUAUUUUGCAAAUCGGAUUGUAGGAGGAGGUCAAUCCGCAUUGGAGGAGACCUUCGCCAUUCUGGCCAGAAAAGUAGACUCUGCCCAAGGCGAUGCGGAACAGUUCUAUGGUGGCAUAUUUGCUGCCAUCCUAUGCCAGGAAACAGUUGCCCGUAUAUUCACGACCCUGGGUGAGAAGUUCCAGACGGUCGACCAAGUAUCUAAUACCGAUAUCAAAGCAGAAGUGGAUCGAUGUGUAGGAACUUCGGAAAAUGUUGAAGUGCCGGAGCUUCUAGGCCCUCUAAUCCGAGUCUGGUUGAUCCAGUCCUCACCCAAUCCCGACCACAGAAUACAGAAACUAGCUCUACCAUCAUGUCUCUGUCAACUUGCACGUCAGUCUCAGCGGAACACCACAAUCCUGCAUGCUACUGGGAUUCUUUCUCUGAUUCUUCCGAUCUUGUUCGAUGAAAAGCAUCCGGAAUCCGUGAGGCUGGCCUAUCAGGAACUAGCAGAGCUGCUUUGUUCUCAGGGAAUUAGUAGCCUAGAUGACGCAGUAUUUCUCUAUCAGCAAGCACAUGGCUGUUCUAAAGCGCUACGUUUCCUCACCGGCGCCUUGAAAUCUUCAAAAGAACCCCCGUCAAUUCAGUUCGACCUCUCUCAGCACGGAUUCUGUUCGUUGGAAUUCACAACCCUAGGUCGCUCAUUUCCGCCUACAACCUCGUCGGGCUACACACUUGCGGUAUGGGCACGAUUUGAUAAAUUCGAUACGACGACGCACACCACGAUAUUUGGCGCCUUUGACGCUAGCCAAACAUGUUUUGUUCUUGCAUACUUGGAGAAGGACACCCGCAACUUCAUCCUACAGACGUCGAUUAAAGGCUCUCGCCCUAGCGUUCGGUUCAAGUCUACCGCAUUCGAACCUAAUCGGUGGUAUCACAUCUGCGUGGUGCACAAAAAGCCAAGACCGCCAUCAUACUCGCGGGCCUCGCUUUUCAUUGAUGGCGAAUUUGUCGAGCAAUUGAGAAUUGAAUAUCCAUCCCUGCCUGCCGUGAACGCUUCAAACCGGGUGUCAAGGGUUCAGGCUUUUUAUGGCACACCUCAGGACCUGGCAAUGAAACUUGGAAAGGGGGUUUCCUCAUCUCGGUGGUCUCUAGCGAACGCGAUACUCUUUGAUGAAGCGUAUAGCGACGACAUGGUCUCUGUUUUCUACAACCUUGGACCCCGCUAUUAUGGAAAUUACCAGGACUGUCUGGGUUCUUUCCAGACCUACAAAGCCUCUGCAGCCUUGAAUCUGCGUAAUGAGCAUCUUCAUCCCGGAAAGGAAGAAACAUCAGAUAUCGUCACUGCUAUCAGGCGCAAAGCGAGCAAUCUUAUCCGGGAGGGAUCUAUAAUACUCAAUGUGUCCCCCUUGGCUGUGCUCGAUGAUAAUGAUGGCAACAACAUUGACGAAUCGCAACUCGUCAAGUCUCUUUCGAAGCAGGCCGCCAAAAACUUGCACCAACUAACAAAGAUGGGAGCAAACGCGGUGGCAGUCAACGGAGCGACUCCUGCUAUUAACGAUGCCUUGACACAAGCUCAUGGAAUCGGGGUGUUGACUGGAGAUCCUGUCGUGACAGUGCCUCACUCUCUAGAUGACGCUAGUUGGCGCAUCGGUGGCUGCGCAGCGGUGCAACUGAGCUUGGUCCAUUCGGCAAAUACCGCAGAAACGUUACUUUUAGCGGUUGAAGCAUUUCAUGAGGCCGUGCAAGACAGUUGGCGGAACAGUGAGGCAAUGGAAAAAGAAAAUGGCUAUGGCAUUCUUGCUGCAUUGUUACGUGAAAAACUAGGACAAGGCACAAACACCAGAACUUCGACCGUUUGCUCCACCUAUGAAGAGCGAUCCGCCCUCACCUUUGACCUUCUUCGGUUAACCCUCAAGUUUGUUGGCUAUGACUUCGAGCAGCCAAGUCACUCCAUCAUCACGAAUCCAUUGGCUUAUAGAGUCUUGCUUGUUGACCUGGAUGUGUGGAGAUUCGGCGAUUUUCCUCUCAUCGAGCUAUAUUAUUCGCAAUUCUGUGUAUUUGCCAGCGAGAGUCAAUUUCGCCGAUCGAAUUCGAAGCGCCUCGCUCGCAUGCGUGUAAGCAAGAAGCUUCUUGAAACUUUGAAGGGAGAAGAUUUUACUGCAGAGGCAUUGACUCUUUUCACUUCCGCUUUUGGGUCUUUGAUGGAGAGUUGCCUGACGGCAGACUUGCUUCGAUCCCUGUCCCUUUUCAUCACAUAUGCCAUGCAUAAACCCAAAGAACCAAGCAGACUUCAGAAGAAGAAAAGCCUACGCUUCAACUCCGGGAUCCGACCGCCAGCAAAUCCUAUUGAGCCUAAGUAUGUUUCCAGCACGGUGAUAGCGAAGGAAAUGCUUCGCAUGUAUUGUUCCCUCCUCUGUGAUACCAAUGACCUUGGGCCAAUAAAGAAAUUUGCUAGAGCCGUAACAAACAAGUGGCUUCUGUACCUUAUUUCUGAGGAUGAACCCGAGAUUGUUGCCUUGGCCGCCAAAAUGAUGGCCCGCUUGCUCGUAGUCCAUGGCAGCAGUUACAGCAAAAAGUUUACCGAAAAGACAGGGGGCUUUACCCUCAUGCGGCACUGCCUGAAGAGAUGGUGGGACACCCCCAUUCUAUGGCCGAUCUGCUUUUCCAUCCUAUUUGGCCUGGACGUGGGUAGGGUAGCUAUCGAUAAUCCAAUUGACCACACCACUCUGUCUGAGAUAUUCUAUGCUGGCAGCCACGCUCAGGUCAUCAUUCCCGAAAUGUUCCCAGUCAUUACGGAGAUGAUGCAGAGUGGCUUGAAAAAGGUUGUGCUUGUGGAUGACUCCUUUUCAGAAUAUGACAGCCAAGCCCCCGGUUCCCUCCAAGAUCGUGUACAGAGCCCCAAGCCUCUCAUGUCUUCUCAUACACCUUUGGGCGCGACUGUUGAGAGCGUGUCCCUUUUAGCCGCCGUGGUUGAAUUUCUUGCUGAAUUGCAGCUGAAAUCCGAGAACCUCCGUGAAUUUGCGACAAGACCGGGUUAUGUACAGAACUUACUCUCUGUCCUAUUUCCCGUCGUCGUUGGUUCAGAUAAUGUGAGCGCCGAAGACGAGAUAAGCUCUCAUCCUCGUAUCGGUGGCCUUGAGUUUGAUGACCCCAACUUCAUGGUUCGCCCGCGCUCUCGAAGGGCAGCCGAGGCGCGAACUACCGCGGUUGAACAGGCUGGGUCUCAUGAUGAAAACGGCUCGUUAGGACGUGCCUCGUCAUUCGUCCUGGUCUCCUCUGACAGAAGAUAUCCGCCGUCCUCGGCACGCAUACAACAUGCUUUUACUUCCCCGCGAGUAGAGUUCAAGGGGGUUACCGACCAUCCCCUAGUUUCCACCAUACUAAGCCUCGUUCUUUCUGUUUUCUCAGAACAGCUGCUUGAACGGAAGGAGUUCUCUGGCCUUGGUCUCUACAUGAAAACACCGUCUGGUUUUCCAGAAUACCAGGCAUACUUCAAUUCGUGGAUGCUGAGGUCCCUUCUCUCCACUCUGCAGGACUUCAUAUUCUCGAAACUCGAGUUGCUAUCUGAGCCUCGUGUUUUGAUCAAUUUGGGACGUUUUUCAACUCAUCUAGGAGAAGCAGUGUAUGAGGGUUGGUUCGUUGAUGGUGCUACGGCCACUCUCGAGUUUGCUGGAACCAUUUUGGAGUACCUCCAGCGACCCGACAUCUCGCGAGUGAAGAGCAUCAGACUUUGUAGCCAGGCAAUUGCGACGAUUAGGUCUACGGUAUUUCGCGUCGUCCUACUCAAGCUAUCAGAGGUUGAUGGUACGGAGGCACUUUGCUUUCUGAACCGGUUGUCCUAUUGGCAAGUUGUGCUCCUUUCUGCUGGCGAAACACAGGCAGAUUAUUUGCAGCUACUAUGCUAUCUUCUCUACAUAAAGUUGAUCGAUGCGAGUGAAGACAUACGCUUGAACGCUGCCGGACUUUUCCGCAUUUUGUUGGUACAAAAGCCUGUUGAGAUGUCCACCAUUCUAAGUCAAACGAACCCCUCUUUACAAAACCGGCUUUCAAGUGGCUUCGAAGCACUUGUUGGGAUGGAAGAUGCUGCUUUCCUACAGUGGGUGGAUGAUCACGAGGACGAUCUUAAUACAUUAUUCUUCGGGGGGCUGUCCAAACAGUGGAGCUCUUUUGUGCACGAAGAGAAUUUAAAAAUCGAGAAUUCGGCACGCUCUCGGUAUCAAAAGCGCCAAGAAAAGCUGAAGGAGUGGAGUGAGAUAGAACAGGAGAAUGAGGAGGUGAUACGCAAACACGAGGCUACAUUCCCUCAUUGGGUAUCGAACAUAUCGGCAUCGGAGUUUCUGAAAUACCAACGAGCUCUUCAGGACCAGCAGGACAAUUCGGUUUUCAUGUGGGCGGCGCUGUCACAUCUGACCUUAGAUCUUCACCGCUUCGGUGGGGUCCUUGCCGAUGAUAAAGAAAGGAAAUGGCAUCUUGACCAGACCGAAGGCCGUAGCCGCAUGCGGCUACGAAUAGUCCCAGAUGAGUCAGGCGAGCGACACGACUAUCAGCCGAAACGAAAAGCAUCAGAGCCUCCAGAAAUCAAGGUUGAUACGCAAGUCCCGACGUCAUCUAGCGGCGACGGUCUUGGCCUUACACCUACUGUGCCUACCGACCAAACUGAAAGCAACGCCCGGGGCAUAAGUCCCGAUAGUAGGAGCGUGGUUGAAGAAAGCUUCGAGUUGAUCGAUGACCCCAAAGCCGACCUCGAAGACUAUGAAGACAGAAAUAGGAAAGUUAUGAGGAGUCUGCACCGCGGGGAUCAGGUCGAGAAUGUGUGCAACAUUUCUCGUAUAAUUGGGUUGGAGGCAUUUGAAGGGCUGUUAAUUAUUGGCAAAGACAAUAUUUACAUCCUGGACAACUUCUUCCAGAGAUCUGAUGGUGAAAUCGUGAAUGUUUGGCAAGCCCCUCCUGAGGAGCGCGACCCUUACGUGGGUGUGAUCGCUGGCAAGGCGUCAACUGAACGCAAACCACGGGAGCAUGAGACUAGGAGUUGGAAAUGGUCGGACCUCGUCAGUGUCUCGAAACGGCGGUUCCUCUUCCGCGAUGUCUCUCUGGAAAUUUUCUUCACGGAUGGCACUAGCUACUUAUUGACCCUCAUCUCAUCACGGGAUCGAGACACUCUAAGCAGUCAGCUUGCUACAAAAGCCCCUCAAGUUACUGGAAGCGUUGGUCAUUCAAGGCCUGAGGACGUUUGGAGGUUUGAAACCCUCCGCAGCCAGGAAGAUGCUCCGCAAUCUCUUGGGUCCAAGGUCGCUAGUGUCUUUGGACACUCACCAGUGCAUCCGGCAACUCGCAAGUGGGCUAAGGGCGAGAUAUCGAAUUUCCACUAUCUGAUGCUGGUCAACACGUUGGCUGGAAGAACAUUCAAUGACUUGACACAGUAUCCUGUUUUCCCUUGGGUGCUCGCGGAUUAUACGAGUGAGGAACUAGACUUGACCAAUCCCCUUACCUUCCGGGACCUUUCCAAGCCUAUGGGCUGCCAAACCCCGGAACGAGAAGCUGGCUUCCGGGAACGGUACAAAGCAUUUGCAGACAUGGGGGAUGAUGGAGCACCUGCGUUUCAUUACGGCACUCACUAUUCUUCUGCGAUGAUCGUCAGCUCAUAUCUGAUACGUCUCCAGCCAUUCGUGAAAUCGUACAUGCUGCUUCAGGGCGGUCACUUUGACCAUGCCGACCGCCUCUUUUACUCUAUUCGGAAAGCAUGGGAGUCCGCUUCGCGAGGAAAUAUGACAGAUGUGAGGGAACUGAUUCCCGAGUUCUUCUACCUUCCGGAGUUCCUAGUCAACUCGAACAAAUUUGAGUUUGGUUUCUUGCAGAACAUGACGACUGAGAUUGACUCCGUGGAAUUGCCGCCAUGGGCCAAAGGAGAUCCCAAAAUCUUCAUUGCUAAGCAUCGUGAAGCUCUGGAAAGUCCUUAUGUUACGCAGAACCUGCAUCAUUGGAUUGAUCUAGUGUUCGGCUGCAAACAGAAGGGAGACGCUGCUGUCGAAGCCGUCAAUACUUUCCAUCAUCUCUCCUACCAGGGUGCCAAAGAUUUGGACACAAUUGAUGAUCCUGUCGACCGAAUUGCUACAAUUGGCAUCAUACACAACUUUGGUCAGACGCCCCAUCAGAUAUUCAGUCGACCGCACCCACAGAGAGAGGACUUGCGGCACAAGGCCCCACGUCUAGAUCGUCUUGCCGAAUCACUUACACAGCUUCCUAUUUCACUUCUUGGUCAGUUUUUAAAUCUUACUCUAUAUCUGUGGAAGCAGACGCGAGCUUUGUUUGUUGACACUAUGACAGAUAUUGGGGAACAGGUAUCGUCGCUGUCAAUGAAACAGGAUCGCCUUCUAUGUGCUGCAGCUUUGCGAUUGAAUAUUCCUCCGAGUUAUGACAAGUACAUGGAAUGGGGCUUCUUCGACGGCAGCGUUAGGUUCUACUCUGCGGACAACCAGAAGCUAUUGGGUCACCUUGAGCACCUUCAUAUCGGCCAGUUGUCCUGUGCAAUCUUCGCGGACUCCCGAACACUGGUCACAUCGGGAACGGACUGCACAAUAUCGACAUGGACUUUCUCAUCGACCAGCCGAUCGGUGGACUUACAGCCAGCAGGGUCUCUGUUUGGGCAUCGUUCCCCCGUAACGACACUCGCGGUUUCACGAUCGUUCAGCACACUCCUUUCUGUGUCGACGGAUGGGCAGGUCAUGCUGUGGGACCUGAACCAGCAAUGUUUUGUCCGAGAGCUUCCAGGGGGUGGUCCUGUCAAUUGUGCGCGGAUUAAUGACGUCACCGGAGAGAUCAUGAUCUGCCGGGAGAACCGCAUCAGCCUUUACACGCUAAACGGAACUCUGUUACUAGAACAGAAUGUAUGCGAUUCUGCCGACGAUCAAAUCCUGUCCUGCGUUUUCUACGAAGGCGUCGACAACGAAUGGCAGGAGCGAGAGCUUCUCUUCACGGGUCACCGAAGGGGCGUUGUCAAUAUCUGGAGUAAAAUCAUUCAUAGCGGACAUUUCGAGCUAGAAUUAAUUCGGCAACUUCACCAUAUUGACAACAGUCGGGACAAUGGAGCCAAUAUCUCCGUGGGAAUCAGUUGCAUUCUGGCCUUGCCACAGGUCGUUUAUACGGGAGACGAAGUCGGCAGAGUGUAUGAAUGGAGCUGUGUCCAGCGACGUUGA